GCGAGGCGGCCCGCGCCCUGCCUGUCAGGCCACCCGCCCGGCCCGGCUCGGUCCGCGGGCCGCCCCUGAUGCAGAGGCGCUGCCGCCGGGGCCAUGCAGCAGGCGCCGCAGCCGUACGAGUUCUUCAGCGAAGAGAACAGUCCGAAAUGGCGGGGACUGCUGGUGUCGGCCCUGCGGAAGGUUCAGGAGCAAGUACAUCCCAAUCUCUCAGCUAAUGAAGAGUCUCUCUAUUAUAUUGAAGAGCUGAUUUUUCAGCUGCUUAAUAAAUUAUGCAUGGCUCAGCCAAGGACUGUUCAAGAUGUGGAGGAACGUGUUCAGAAGACCUUUCCUCAUCCAAUUGACAAGUGGGCUAUUGCUGAUGCACAAUCUGCCAUAGAAAAACGAAAACGAAGAAAUCCUCUCUUACUGCCUGUGGACAAAAUCCAUCCUUCAUUGAAGGAGGUUUUAGGGUACAAAGUGGACUACCAUGUAUCCCUGUAUAUUGUGGCUGUACUAGAGUAUAUCUCAGCUGAUAUUUUGAAGUUGGCUGGUAAUUAUGUUUUUAAUAUCCGACAUUAUGAAAUAUCCCAGCAGGACAUUAAAGUGUCAAUGUGUGCAGAUAAGGUUUUGAUGGACAUGUUUGAUCAGGAUGACAUAGGUUUGGUUUCUCUCUGUGAAGAUGAACCGAGUUCUUCAGGUGAAUUAAACUACUAUGACCUUGUCAGAACUGAAAUUGCAGAAGAAAGGCAGUAUCUACGGGAAUUAAAUAUGAUUAUAAAAGUGUUUCGAGAAGCUUUCCUUUCUGACAGAAAGCUGUUUAAACCUUCUGAUAUUGAAAGGAUUUUCAGUAACAUUUCAGAUAUACAUGAAUUGACCGUGAAACUUCUAGGUCUUAUUGAAGACACAGUUGAAAUGACUGAUGAAAGCAGCCCUCAUCCAUUAGCUGGCAGCUGUUUUGAAGAUUUGGCAGAAGAGCAAGCAUUUGAUCCUUAUGAAACAUUAUCACAGGAUAUUCUGUCUCCAAAAUUUAAUGAGCAUUUCAGUAAGUUGAUGGCCAGACCUGCAGUGGCUCUACACUUUCAGUCCAUUGCUGAUGGUUUUAAAGAGGCAGUUCGUUAUGUCCUUCCACGCCUUAUGCUGGUGCCUGUAUAUCAUUGUUGGCACUAUUUUGAAUUAUUAAAGCAAUUGAAAGCAUGUAGUGAAGAGCAGGAAGACAGAGAAUGUUUGAACCAAGCUAUUACUGCUCUUAUGAAUCUCCAAGGUAGUAUGGACCGAAUUUACAAGCAGUAUUCACCUAGACGCCGACCUGGGGAUCCUAUUUGCCCUUUUUAUAAUCGUCACUUAAGAAGCAAGCAUCUGGCUAUUAAAAAAAUGAAUGAAAUUCAGAAAAACAUAGAUGGAUGGGAAGGCAAAGAUAUUGGACAGUGUUGUAAUGAAUUCAUUAUGGAAGGUCCAUUGACACGAAUUGGUGCUAAACAUGAACGGCAUAUUUUUCUCUUUGAUGGCUUAAUGAUUAGCUGUAAGCCCAAUCAUAGCCAGUCACGCCUUCCAGGUUACAGUAGUGCAGAAUACAGAUUAAAAGAAAAAUUUGUCAUGAGGAAAAUACAAAUAUGUGAUAAAGAAGAUACCUGUGAAUGUAAACAUGCUUUUGAAAUAGUAUCCAAAGAUGAAAACAGCAUAAUAUUUGCUGCUAAGUCUGCUGAAGAGAAAAAUAAUUGGAUGGCCGCACUUAUUUCUCUUCACUACCGUAGUACACUAGAUCGAAUGCUAGAUUCAGUGUUACUGAAAGAAGAAAAUGAGCAGCCAUUGAGAUUACCAAGUCCUGAAGUGUAUCGUUUUGUGGUAAAAGACUCUGAGGAAAACAUUGUUUUUGAAGACAACUUGCAAAGUAGAAGUGGAAUUCCCAUCAUUAAAGGAGGAACUGUGGUGAAAUUAAUUGAAAGGUUAACAUAUCAUAUGUAUGCAGAUCCCAAUUUUGUCCGUACUUUUCUUACUACAUACCGUUCAUUUUGUAAACCACAGGAAUUACUAAGCUUACUGAUUGAACGAUUUGAAAUUCCAGAGCCAGAACCUACUGAAGCAGAUAAAUUGGCAGUAGAGAAAGGCGAACAGCCAAUCAGUGCAGACCUUAAAAGGUUUCGCAAGGAAUAUGUCCAACCAGUACAACUUAGGAUUUUAAAUGUGUUUCGGCACUGGGUUGAACAUCAUUUUUAUGACUUUGAAAGAGAUUUGGAGUUGCUUGAGAGACUAGAAUCCUUCAUUUCAAGUGUAAGAGGGAAAGCUAUGAAGAAGUGGGUAGAGUCAAUUGCUAAGAUCAUCAAGAGGAAGAAACAAGCUCAGGCAAAUGGAAUAAGCCAUAAUAUUACCUUUGAGAGUCCACCUCCACCAAUUGAAUGGCAUAUUAGCAGACCAGGACAGUUUGAAACAUUUGAUCUUAUGACACUUCAUCCAAUAGAAAUUGCACGUCAGCUGACACUUUUGGAAUCUGAUCUCUACAGGAAAGUCCAGCCUUCUGAACUUGUAGGGAGUGUGUGGACCAAAGAAGAUAAAGAAAUAAAUUCUCCAAAUUUAUUAAAAAUGAUUCGCCAUACCACAAAUCUCACCCUCUGGUUUGAAAAGUGCAUUGUGGAAGCAGAAAAUUUUGAGGAACGGGUGGCAGUACUAAGUAGAAUUAUAGAAAUUCUGCAAGUUUUUCAAGAUUUGAAUAAUUUCAAUGGUGUACUGGAGAUAGUCAGUGCAGUAAAUUCAGUGUCAGUGUACAGACUAGACCAUACUUUUGAGGCAUUGCAGGAAAGAAAAAGGAGAAUUUUGGAUGAAGCUGUGGAAUUAAGUCAAGAUCACUUUAAAAAAUAUCUGGUAAAACUUAAGUCAAUCAAUCCACCUUGUGUGCCUUUUUUUGGAAUAUAUUUAACAAAUAUUCUGAAAACUGAAGAAGGGAAUAAUGAUUUUUUAAAAAAGAAAGGGAAAGAUUUAAUCAAUUUCAGUAAGAGGAGGAAAGUAGCUGAAAUUACUGGAGAAAUUCAGCAGUAUCAGAAUCAACCUUACUGUUUACGGAUAGAACCAGAAAUGAGGAGAUUCUUUGAAAACCUUAACCCCAUGGGAAGUGCUUCUGAAAAGGAGUUUACAGAUUAUUUGUUCAAUAAAUCACUGGAAAUUGAACCCCGAAACUGCAAACAGCCACCUCGAUUUCCUAGGAAAUCAACUUUCUCCUUAAAAUCUCCUGGAAUAAGGCCUAAUACAGGCCGACAUGGCUCUACCUCAGGCACUUUACGAGGUCAUCCAACACCAUUAGAAAGAGAACCAUAUAAGAUAAGCUUUAGUCGGAUUGCUGAAACUGAUCUUGAAUCAACUGUGUCAGCACCAACCUCUCCAAAUACGCCAUCUACUCCACCGGUAUCUGCUUCUUCAGACCUUAGUGUGUUUUUAGAUGUGGAUCUCAACAGUUCCUGUGGCAGCAAUAGCAUCUUUGCUCCAGUCCUCUUGCCACAUUCAAAGUCUUUCUUCAGUUCAUGUGGUAGUUUACAUAAACUAAAUGAAGAGCCACUGAUUCCUCCUCCACUUCCUCCUCGAAAAAAGUUUGAUCACGAUGCUUCAAAUUCCAAGGGAAAUACGAAAUCUGAUGAUGACCCCCCUGCUAUUCCACCAAGACAACCUCCUCCUCCAAAGGUAAAACCCAGAGUUCCUGCUCCUACUGGUGCAUUUGACGGGCCUCUGCAUAGUCCACCUCCACCACCGCCGAGAGAUCCUCUUCCUGAUACCCCUCCACCAGUUCCCCUUCGGCCUCCAGAACACUUUAUAAACUGUCCAUUUAAUCUUCAGCCACCUCCACUAGGACAUCUUCACAGAGAUCCAGAGUGGCUCAGAGACGUUAGUACCUGUCCAAAUUCACCAAAUACUCCUCCUAGCACACCCUCUCCAAGAGUACCACGUCGAUGCUAUGCGCUCAGUUCCAGUCACAAUAACCUUGCUCAUCCUCAAGCUCCCCCUGUUCCACCAAGGCAGAAUUCAAGCCCUCACCUACCAAAACUGCCACCAAAGACUUAUAAACGGGAGCUUUCACACCCCCCAUCGUACAGACUGCCUUUGCUAGAAAAUGCAGAAACUCCUCAAUGA